CAAGGAGGAGAAUCCGGCGGACCCGGGAAAACAUCAGUCGCCAGCGAACCUUUUGAGCUGCGUGGACGUUUCCUAUUUUGGUGUAUCAGUAAAUAAGUUCGUUUUGUUUUAAUCACCAGCUUUGUUUCACUUUUGGGUGUUUCAGGACUAGAGAAAUCGAGUCGUAGAGACACUACACCGUGUAUGUGUGAGCGAGUGCAUGUGCCGCGCCAGGCUUGAGAACUUUUCUUUGUCUUGCGCCGUUGUCGCCCAAUGUCAUCGAAGUGCCUCGUUACAUACGGCGACAGAAAUGCCGUCAUCACUUUCGACGAGCCGUGGAUGGGGCGGGAUUCAAUGGAACAUAUAAAGGAGUUGGACAUGUUCUCUGAAGUUGACGUCUCCACCAUCGGCUUAACGGACCCCAUCAAGACGCAUCAUGUGCCGACAGUGACAUACAAUGGAAGCUUGUUGACUUCAAGGGAAUUUACUAUGCGCCUGGAGGGCCUUGAUAUUAAGGAGACUGGCCUUUUGGCAGCCAUUGCCACACAAAUCGCGCUAUACUGGGCGCUGAACAUUGUUUUCGGCAAGAAAGCUCAGCGGACCUUCGAUCUCCUGUGUCAAGUUCUGAAAGUUCAGAGCGUCUUGCGGCCGACGUCACUCGUCCGUGUGGCUCUAACCAUCUUGAGCCAGUGAAC